AUGUCCAGUGUAGAGAAAAAGAGAAAAGGAAAAAGGGGAGUCCUAGUCCAAGCAAUAAGAGAUACGAUGGCCCUAAGAACGAUCAACGUGAGGGGCGAUGCGAGCGCGCUCCGCUUUACCUCCUUGGCGCGGGGAGAUAAGGGAGAACCAAGGCUAUUUCCUUGUCCAUCACUCCCAGCCCACAAGUGGGGGUACUCGCAUCCGCCCAUUCCCAAAGAUGAAGACGGGGACUCGGCGAGCGCUACGAUAGGGAUCGUGAAUCUCUUCCUUGGUGGAAUCACGGGCUUCAUCGGUGCAUCCAACGGCUUGACCUGCAUCGAUCCUAAGUCUAUCGGAGAGGGCACUGACGAUGUGCGGCGAAUCCUCAGCAGGAGCAUCAUCCACGUCUGGAUCCACGUCCGAGUUCAGGAUAAAGGCUUCUUCUGGAUAGUCGCAUUCCAGAUUUGGACUGGUGGUAUUGCUAUUAGCAGGAGACUCUGGUGGACUACUUGA